ACCACUUUCCCGCCCACCUAACAUAUAUUUUCAUUCCUUCUUCUCCAUAUAAGUCUAUCUCCCCCAUCUUCGCAUGCACAUUGCACAACACCACCUCGCCUUUAAUUAGUCUUUCCUCUCCUUCAAAUUCUUGAAGAAACGAAAGCAAAAAAAAAAACAUAGAAAAAAAUGAAGUCUUUCGUUGUCUCCAUUCCCUUCUUCCUAGUCGCACUUCUCCUAUGUUGUUAUACCAUAAACAUUGUUCAAGCACAGGCCGCCUCCGGACCGGCCCCUGCCGGUCCGACCAAUAUAACCGCAAUCCUCGAGAAGGCGGGCCAGUACACCACCUUCAUCCGCCUCCUCAAAACCACCCAAGUCGGUGAUCAAAUCAACAACCAGCUCAACACCACCAACCAGGGGUUGACGGUUUUCGCCCCCACCGACAACGCCUUCUUGGGGCUAAAACCAGGAACUUUGAAUUCCUUAACCGAUCAAGAAAAGGUUGAGUUGGUUCAGUUUCAUGUUGUGUCCUCUUUCUACACAAUACCGCUCUUCCAGACUGCGAGUAACCCUUUGAGGACUCAAGCCGGAAACAGCGUCGGGUCUUUCCCGUUGAACGUCACCUCGGCUGGGAAUCAAGUCAAUGUCACCACCGGAGUGGUCAACUCCACGGUGGCUAAUACAAUUUACACUGAUGGUCAGCUGGCAGUGUAUCAGGUCGAUACCGUGCUUCUUCCUAUCGGCCUCUUUGGAACUCCGGCACCGGCGGCAGCUCCCGCCCCAAAGGGCCCAAACAAGUCGAAAAAGAAGCCGAAAGCGGCGGCUGAUGGUCCGGUCGCCGGUGGAGAUGCUUCGCCGACGGAUACGUCUGCUGCGGUCGGUGUGCAUGGCAUGGUGGGGUCAGUUCUUGGAGUUGCGGCUUCAAUUGUGUUUAUGUUGUAACGUUUGUGUAUCGAAGGGUCGAGAUUGUGCCACACGGUUAAGUGAAGUUGGUGUGCAUCAGAAUAUUGUGUGCCGAGUUAGAAUCGGACGGUAGAUAUUGAUUGAAUGGUUUCCCUUCUGAAUAAUUAUCUAGGUUUUGUUUUCCGUACCAAUGCAAUGUAAGAAAAAUACAAAAUUCAAUUUUUCAAUUUUUCCCUAUUUGUAUCGCUUACCACCCAGAGAAAACACAAAAAAAAAUUAUGGAAAAUAGUUUUGUACAUAAGUUCGUAUAUCAACAUGUAUAUUUUCUCGUUCAAACAUAUACACAUAAACUCGGCACUAAUUUCUUGUUUGUGCUUUCAUAUUAAGUGUGUGCUAUUUUUAUAGUGUUCUAAUCAGGCAGGCUAGAGAUGUUUUCAAUUGAAUUUAAAUUUUCUUAUAUAGUCUACUAUAAAAAGUUUCUAGUAUGCAUAUUUACGGUUGUCUAAAUUUGAUUUGAAAAUAAUUAGGGGUGGAUUCGGGUCGGGUCGGACCCGGUCGGGCCACCGGUUUGUAAGUGAUGGGCCCGAGACCGGCCCGAGGUCUGGACGGUUCCUGUUCGGGCCGGGCCACCCGCCAGGGUCACGGGUCGGGCCACCCGCCUGGCCAGGCCGGUUAAAUCCUCGGUUGGUCUUGGAAAAAGCAGAUAUUAUGUCAGUGCAAUUCUUGUUCUAGUUGUUCGUCGGUCAUCACAUCCUCAUCCCUCCUUGCGUAACCCGUAUCAAAAUCAUCUCGGCUUUGAGAUGAAAAGCCGAUAUGUAAUUUACCUUUGCGGGAUCUCUUCGCCGCAAGCUCGUUCCUUCGGGUGCGGUUGAGGUUACCCAUAUCAACCGAAAAUCUACCACCUUCCAUCUUAAUAUAAUAUAUGUAUUUAUAAGUAGAUAAUUAAUAUAUAAGUAGAUAAGAA